ACACCCGAGGCGUCUCUGCCACUCUCCCCGCUGCAGGCUGACAGACCAACAUCUAGUUGCUGCAAUGGGAUGCUCACAGGUACUCAGUCAAUAACGCUGUACAGAACAGAAAUGGGGAACAUGAUGAGAACCGUAGCUCCUCCCAACAAUAUUGCCGCAACUCCGACAGGUCGGUACCCAUCGGCUCUCUCAGGCGCAGAUAGUGACUUUCUGGCUGUUCUCUAUGACUAUCCCCCGGCUGACGUGAGCGAGCCCAUUUUUUACUUUGGAGAAAAACUUCGGGUCAUUUCUGACGAGGGUGGAUGGUGGAGAGUAGUGUCUCUGAAGUCAGGCCGUGAAAACUACAUACCGGCGAAAUGCGUGGCAAAGGUCUUUCACGGGUGGCUGUUUGACGGAAUCGGGAGAGAAAAGUCAGAACAACUCCUGCAGCUGCCGGAAACAAAGACUGGGUCGUUUAUGAUCAGACAAAGUGAAACAAAGAAAGGUUCUUAUUCCUUAUCUGUGAAGCACAGGCAGGUGAAACAUUACAGGAUAUUCCGUCUGCCAAACAACUGGUAUUACAUCUCUCCGCGCCUCACCUUCCAGUGCUUAGAGCACCUGGUAAAUCACUAUUCAGAGACGGCAGAUGGGUUAUGCUGUGUUCUCACGGCUCCCUGCCUCACCCAGCAGUCUGUAAACCUCACUGAGGUGCUGGGAAGACAAGAGGUGCCGGUUAUGAGGAAAAAGAAGCCGUUUAACUGGAAGAGCAUGAAGAGAUUAUCGGUUCCGAUAAUGAUGGAGGAGCCAGAAAACGCUUUGGAAACAGAAGACGACUCGUUCCUAAGUUACGGCCUCAGGCAGAGCAUCGCCUCUUAUCUGUCCCUGGCGGAAGAUGACAGCUUCUCCCUCGCACCUAACGAGCACAACGGGAAAGAAAAGCGGAGAUCCUGUGUUCUGUCCUCUGGAAAUACCAGGAACAGCGUCAAUCUCAACCGAGCAAAUUUUGCGGAGAAUUACAGAUGAGCAUCCGUGCUGGUCACUAUUCCAGAAGCCAUCGUUCCAAACAAUCACAUUUGCUGUGUAAAAUAAUCCUGAGAACUAGGGCUCCGUGAUACGAGUGUCCUGGCAGAACUCAUUAUGACGCUCAGAGGAACUAUUUGUUGUGCCGAAUACUCGCCGGCUAACGUCAACAGUAUGUAACGCUUACGUCUACUUGGAGUAUUUGACUUUUCCACAGAAGUGAGUCGUCGAUGAAUCUGGAACGAGAUGAGAUACUGCGGCUACGAGAGCAUCUGUCUGAUAUUGCUGCUGUAUAAAACUAGGCCAUCGCACGCAGUUUAGCUUUGCAGCAUAGGUGUACAACGUGCAACCGACACACUCUGCCGAAUGCCAUUACCUGGGAGCUUCCAAUAUGGCGAAUCUGUCACUCACCCACAGAGUGAGCUGAAAGCAGACAAGCCAAUCACUAGGAACUGGUAGCGUGAUGGAGGCACGAGGCACCGCCAUGUAUUUAUCUUACUACAUUUAUAUAUAUAUGUUGCAGUCCACGCACAGCACAAAUGCAAUCCACCUUGUACAGGAUACCCUGCUCUAGAACGCCUUUUCCUAUUGCAAUAAUCUGGGCCGAACCAUGUCAUUGAUGACAAGGCAGCCAAAGCUACAUCAGAUGGAGGGUAACUGCCAAUAACCAUGGUUUUCCCAGGACGGCAUGACCCCCCCCCCCCUUCCCCCCAUAUCCCCCUGUAGGAUGGGGUAUGGGUCAAUCUUUGCAUGGUCUAAGGCGGUGUAUUCCAGGCCUUGUCCUCAUAGCCCACUCACAGUAAUGCAAGGCAUGCAGGAGCACAGGUGGCUCAGUUAUUACCUCAGUCUGUUUGAUUUACCCACCCUAAUGUCUGGACAGCGGGCCACGAGGAGCGGGUUUGGGAAAUACUGGUCUAAGGUGUUACAGUGUUUCAGUUAGGAGUAUCGGCAAGCAUUAACAGAUAAGUGAGAUGUUCAGAAGCCCGGCAAUUUGUCUUGCACGUCAUGGGCCUUGUUGAAGGUGAGCACAAGGUUGCACCGCGGCAGUUACAAGCAAUAGCUAAUCUUACGAGGAAUAGCGCCGGUUACAGAAAAGGAUCCUAUAGAAUCACACCCCUGACAGUCCCAAUUUUACCACUAGGGAUAUAGGGCCUUAUUUUGACUAGGACACAUUUCCUCUCAUGGAAGCAAAUAGCAAGCUAUGGCGCACUGCAUGUGCAGAAGCUUGCAGCUUCCGCGGUGUCACACAAAAACUGCUACUUUGCAUCCCACUCAGAAUCAGCCCUAAGGGUGUGGUCACUGUGCCAUGAUUUUGUGAUAUGGAAAUGUUGGCUGUAACAUAAAAUCUCCCUACAGUCUGUACAUACACAUUUCUCUUACAGGCACUAGUUCUGUAUAGAUGACCUAUAUACUAGCAUAUGUCGCUAGAUAAGGUUAGGGAUGACGUCUCCUGGGGGGUAAACGGCAGCACUUCUCAUGCAGCAGCUAAUCAGUAGCAUACCACUCCAGCGCCUGGGUAUAAGUAGAAGCCGAUAGUUUUAUUUAGCAGCAUACAAUAAGCAAAACAUAAAAAUAAAUCCUGGCUUGUCCGGCUCUUACUAAUAUAAAGUUCCCUCUCUUCGGGGGAAAGGACCCAGCUCACAAACAAAACAGCAAUCUAGCACAGUACUUACUGUACAUCACGCAGAAGCAGUGUCUCUCAGCAGUUCUAGCCUGCUCCCCAGGUAGUGAGAGAUAGACUAGCACACUGACACACCCUGUUAUCAGCCUCUCACAAGUCUCUGACAAUCAAAGCUGCUCAUUACCUUUAUAAUCCCAGACAGAAGUUAGAAGCCUGGGACAUACAUAUCUUCCAUCAACAACUUCCCCUGUGAUUCUGUCUCAAAAUAAAUAAAUAUAUAUAUAUAUAUAUAUAUAUAUAUAUAUAUGUAUGUAUAUAUAUAGUAAUAAAACUAACACUUUUCUGGUACAUAUUGAUAUAUAUUUUGCACCUUAAUUAUCAAGUUGAUCAAUAAUGAAGGGCAUCCACUAAGAUUACAUUACUGUUCCACCACGUAUAUUUAAUGAAUUGUCAAAGGAUGCUGACAGUAAUUAAAUGGCUUGCCCUAUUAUAUUGUUUUUUUUUUUCUUUUAAAGAAUCCACCUGUACAUUGGAAACUCGCGUUCUUUAUAAUAAAUACACUGUAGGGUGGGUUUGUUACAAUCAUGUCACAAGCGCCACGUGUUGCAUGAACUGAAAAUAAACCCUGAGAAUUCA